AUGGGGCCCGGCCGUUCCCAAAUAAAGCCCGGUAUCAGAAGUAUCACGGCCCAGCGUCCACAGGGCACGCGAUGGACAGAGAUCAGGGGCAGGGCCCUGAAGUCAGUCUGCGUGUCAGGAAACUACGUCUGGGGAGCUACAACGACCGGUACAGUCUACUAUAGGACUGGGGUAACCGCAGCAAGGCAAUCAGGUACGGGGUGGGCGCAAGUGAGUGGGCCGCCCAUACGCGGUCUAUCGUACGUAUCAAUCGGACACUGCGGCGUGUGGGCAGUGGCAUCUAGCGGUACAAUCUGGUACCGCAGCGGCACCUAUGGAGGCACAGGUUCGACUGGAACAGGCUGGGUCCAAGUCACGGGCUGCUCCCUGGUCAGCAUCAGCGUGGGGUACAACGUGGUGUGGGGAGUUAGCGCCAUUGGACAAGUCUUCAUCAGAAUUGGAAUAACGGCCCAAAGGCCCCAGGGGACAGCCUGGAGACUGGUUGGUGGAAGCCUGACUCAAAUCUACGUGGGCGCGACUUCUAACCGCGUGUGGGGCUGCGACGGGGGCCACCACGUCUACAUCCGCGUGGGUAUCACGGGAGGAGAAACAAAAGAACCACCUGUGAACCCGCUGUGUCUAGGCAACUUGAAAUGUCCAAGCAGACCGGGUCAAUGCAAGGCGUAUGGUGAUCCUCACUACAUCACCUUCGACAACCGCCGUCACGACUUCCAAGGAACGUGUAAGUACGUCCUGGUGCGUCACGCCGACUUCACGGUGGAGGCACGGAACGUUCACCGCAGCGGGAAGAGCCAGCGGGUGGCCUUCUGUGAUCACGUGGAAGUGAACGUGCACAACUACGAGAUACAGCUCCGAAGCGGAUCUGGGAAGGAAGUGUUGGUGAAUGGCUACCGCCGCAGCCUACCAGUGUGCCUGAGCCGUAAGGUUGCCAUCUCCAUCAUCGGGAAGAACGUGCAGAUUCAGACGGACCAGUGCCUGUCUGUCCUGUACGACGGAAGACACAGUGUAAUAGUGAGACUACCCACGUCGUACAAGGGCAAGGUUAGCGGAAUGUGCGGAAACUACAACGGCCGACCGAACGACGACAACCUGAUGCCGGGAGGACAGGUCGCCGCCACAUCCCUUCUGUACGGCAACAGUUGGAUCGCUCCUGAUGACGACACAUGUCCCGAUACAAGACCUCAAGACAAUUUUGACACUACGGACAUUUCUGCCGGUGACAGGCGACUUUACCAGCGCCCAGAUAAGUGCGGACUUCUGCGCCUACCAACUGGUCCAUUCCGGGCCUGCAUUUCCGUACUGAACCCAGCGACGUAUUUUGAGUCGUGUGUGUUCGACAUGGCGGCUUACAGAGGAGACGAGGACAUGUUGUGUGAGAAUCUGGAGGCCUACAGUGAUGACUGUCAGGCAGCGGGAGGAAACCCGGGAAGGUGGAGGACCGCAAACCGGUGUCCAAUGCCGUGCCCUGCUCACAGCCAGUACAACCCUUGUGGCUCUGCCUGCCCGUUGACGUGUGCCGAGCCCGACCCCAGACCCUGUGUGAGGAUGUGUGUGGAGUCGUGUGUGUGUGACCAGGGGUACGUCCUCAGCGGAUCCACCUGCAUCCCGAGAAGCAGCUGUGGAUGCUCCCGCGAUGGAAACUAUUAUCAGGUAUGA